UUUGAAAUUUAAAAACUUUGUUGGUGUGUUUUGGAUUUUGCCCCCUUGUGCGAUUGAGUUUGACACCCCUGUCCCAGACCAUCAUUGGGAAGUUACUUGUUAAAAUGUAAUAUAUGAAUUGUCAUCUUAAGCUGAACAGAACGAUGUAACAUAUAUGAUGUGACCAUAAUAGGAAUGUGGGUGUGGUUAACAAAAACCCUCCGUUGCCAAGGAGAUUAAAAAGUGAACUAUUGGCGAUUCUUUUAAAAAUUAUAUAGACCUGUUCAUCACCCACAUGCAACCAAAAAAUAAAAUGGUUGCUAUGGAGAAAAAAUCAACAGAAAAACUGUCAUUUUGAAAAAAAAAGUGGAGUUAGCUUAUGAAUUAGCCAUGAGGGAAAAGCAGCCACUUAGUCAGUGGGGGCAGGUAAAACGGGCUAAUGGGGGGAUGGUAAGGACCAGUGCGGGGGAUGGUACUGCCUGUGGGCCAUACAACAUGCCUUCCUGCUUUGAUCUAACUUUUUUAUUUUUAAUAUUUCCCCCCUGUAUCUCCUUUUCACUGACAUGUUUCUCUGUCAACUCCUCUGUACCUUUCUUCUCGUAUAUAUGGCGGCCACGUCAUCACUGGCGAGCAUUUUACUGGCACUCUUUAGUAUGCCAUCUCCUGCCUUGUCCUCCCCCAAUUAGUAAUCUCUUGUCCUCCUCUGCUCUUCUUUUUCUUCCAUUGUCUUUCUUCUUCUCAUCACAGAAUUAUUUUAAAGAUGCCUGGAACAUUUUUGACUGUGUGACAGUUCUGGGCAGCAUUACUGACAUCCUGGUUACCGAGCUCGGGAUGGAUAACUUCAUCAACCUAAGUUUCUUAAGGCUGUUCAGGGCAGCGCGCCUCAUCAAGCUGUUGAGGCAGGGAGAAACUAUUCGCAUCCUGCUCUGGACCUUCGUUCAGUCCUUCAAGGCGCUGCCGUAUGUCUGCCUCCUCAUUGCCAUGCUAUUUUUUAUCUACGCCAUCAUUGGAAUGCAGCUUUUUGGAAAUAUUAAAAUUGAAGAAGAUGGAGACAGUGCCAUCAACCAGCACAACAACUUCAGGACCUUCAUACAAGCCCUGAUGCUCCUCUUUAGGAGUGCUACGGGAGAAGCGUGGCAUGAGAUCAUGCUAGCGUGUCUGGGGGGUAAGGAGUGUGACCCCAUGUCAACGAACACAGGGCCAGAGUGUGGCAGCCAAGUGGCCUACCUCUACUUUGUGUCCUUCAUCUUCUUCUGCUCGUUCUUGAUGCUGAAUUUGUUUGUAGCUGUCAUCAUGGACAACUUUGAGUACCUGACAAGAGAUUCAUCCAUCCUUGGACCUCACCACCUGGAUGAGUAUGUCAGGAUAUGGGCCGAGUAUGAUCCUGCUGCCUGCGGCCGCAUACUUUAUAAGGACAUGUACAGUUUAUUACGAGUUAUCGACCCACCUCUCGGCUUAGGCAAGAAAUGCCCUCAUAGGGUGGCCUGCAAGGUUUGACUUCCAUUCAAAUGAAACCUCUCAACCACACUUGCUAGCCACAGCAUCCAGGAAUGGAGUGAAUGCCGCUUCGUGUUCUUUUUCUUUUCUUUUUUUGUUCUUUUUCAUUUGAACCAACAACUUGUUGUCCACCAUGACUUGCAUUCUGAACUGCUAAGAGAAUGUGCGGGACAAUGCAGACACCCAGACAAGCAUGUGAAGUGCACUAACUGAAACCUGUGGGAGAAACACAUCCAGAGGUUUUGCACCAUUAAUGAGUAGUUAGAAUAUUUUUUCUGCUUGCUGUGGAGCCCUGGCUAUAGAAUGUAGAAAGCUAUGGUUGCCCACUGUAGUUUUGCAUUGUUUUUUUUCUUUUUUUUCUCUCUUUUUUUCUUUUUUGUGGGGGAUCGGGGAAAGACAGAAACUGCAUUGACGCCCCUUCCUCUUCUUCUUCCUCCCCUCUUCCAUCUAAGCAGGUGUGCUGUCUGCCUGCUGUUUCUGACACCACCUUAAAAAAUACAUUAAUAAUAAUGCAGGCACGCUUUAAGGUGCAGAAAAAGUUUAAUCAAAAAUUCUGUUACUGUGAUUACGUGAGUUCAUGGAGAAAGAUUACAAAAAGAAUAAAUACAGUUGUAGUGUUUUAAUCAAUAAUCCCAUUAAUCUGUGGAUUAUAUGUUAAAAGAUAUAUAUCUCAUUAGUUGAUGCUAGUUUGUUUAAAUAAUCAAAUGUGAAAUAAUUCCUCACACAAAAGGUUAAAAAAAUUCAAAAUGUAGAAGAUAACAAGCUUGUUGUUUGUGUAAAUGUUUCCUGUUAGCUUUGAAAUUAAUUACUUUACAAAAAAUGAUAAUAUUGUCAUAAUUUUAUGUUUUUUAAAAGUCAAACUUACUUUUGUUAAGGGAAUAAAACAAAACAAAUCUUUUAGUUAACCUGAUCCAUUUAUUUCUGCAAGGCAGAAAAGGCUAAGAAGGGACGGAGCUACGGGGGGAGCCGCCCCUUCAGCAUAAGCUUUGCCCCUCCCAUUUGCCCCCUAUUUUCUGACUCAUUAGCUAUGUCCAAAUUCCUUCACUACUCACUAUAUAGUGUGUUUGCCAUUUUGUAGUGCUGUCUCAAACUGCAAUUCUAAAAUCGAGCAAGAGGACCUGGUGGCAGGCAAGAUGGCGGCUGAAAAUCAUUAGCCGGGAACGGAACUUGCCAAAAAUCAUUAGCUUGAAGUGGAAAUUCCUCAAGAUUCCAGACUUAUAUUAAAACUUUUUUUAGUGCUCGGGAUAAGCUUAAAAUGUGUCAAAAGAGUUACUCUCUUUUUCUUUUUAUAAGGAUUUUAACAAAAAUGUUCAGAUUUGUAAAACCGUUGAGACUUUAUGGGAGCUUCAGCUCCAAACCAGUGUUAGCGUUUGACUGAAGUUAGCUUGCGCUGUUCCCUUUAUGGGAUCAACAUGAAUCAGCUCUGUCGCUGAGAAAAGCAGCUUUUGUCCGAUUUAAAAUUACUUUAUAGUAGUAAUGUGUUGCGUAUUUGUAAAAAGUUUUGCUUACCAGCGGUAAACCGUGUAAUAAGCUAUGGUAUGUCAAAGAGCGUUUUAACAGAAACAUCUCUGGUGAUGAAGAUUUAAAGCUUAUAAAACAAACAAACAAAAACAUUUCUGUUGGGGGCGCCGGCUAUAUUAGUGUGUUGUGAGGGGUGGGAUUGGGGGGGGACUUUAUGAUUUUCAGCCAUCACCUUUUCUGCCACCAGGUCCCACCAAAACUAACUGCACCAGAAAUUUCCCAGAAGUCUUUGCAAAAAACCAGUGUGCAUCACUUCUCACUAUAUUCGUGGAUAUAGACCACAAUGCAUUGCGUUUGAUUAAUUUUUGCGGGGAAAGAAAGUGUCUAAAUGUAAUUUUCUUGUAAACCAUCCAGGUUUUCAUCAUCAGAACACAGUGAAGUCAUAAACAGAUGCUCAUACUUGCUGUUUUAAAAAAAAAAGUAGAGAGCAUGGUGUCAGAAUUCCUUUUAAAAUUCAGGACACUAGAUAGUCCUGCACUAUAUAGUUUUUAGUAGUUAGGAUAGGACUUCCGACCUAGCCAAUAUUGGCAUUAUUAUUAACAAAUAUUAAGACAUUAUUAAUAUAAGCUCCUUUAAGCAUUGUAGCAAAAAUAUCAAAAGUUGUAUUUUAAAUGAAAAAAAUGUACUUUUUUACCCAUGCAUAUCUUUGAUCUUUUUAUUUGUUAUGGCCUUCUACUUCGCUGUUCUUGUCUAGUCUUCGGACCAUCUCCACCAAUAAUGCAAAGUAAAAAAAAUAUUCAUAAAAGACAACAGAACAGUUUACUUUAAUCUUUUCUAAUCAAUGAAGAUCAGCUGCAAUUUUGCAAUGACAUUGUGAUUUAAAGGAUAAAAGCAGUUUUCUUAACACUUUAAAUCAGAGUUUCUACAUCUGUUUGGGAAACAGUUUGUUUUACCCAAUAAGCUUUUCACAGUAACAGAUUUUGUGGAUGUCCAACCGUUUGUGUUUUCAGAGAAAUAUUCAGAAAGAAG